AUGCGCUUCAACCCUACCACCACACAGAAGGCCUUCGCUUUGGCUUCUUUGCUCCUGACGCCCGGUGCCUUAUCAGCUGCUAUACCGCCAAGCGAUAUCAACUCUGAGUUGACGACGCCCUCAUUUGUUGCUGAUGUUCCGACGAACACACACGUCCCUACAACUGGAGCGGAUGGAAGCCUAACCUCCGACCCAAAUGUAGGUGUGACCUGUCGGACCUGUAAUAAGGACGGUACCCCGGAGAGUAUCUGGGAAAUUAUUUCUGCUCCGCCGGAUACUACUCCCAGCCCUCACAGCUACCAGCCUUCCACCUCUGUUGACGAAGCCUCGUCCCUGACAGAGCGAUCCAACGUGGAAGGGAAUGACAUUACUUCCGAACUUCGAGAGGAGGACACCCUAAGCGGACCUUCAGAUGAUGACGUUGCUCCAUCCAAAACUACACGCCAGCCGUCGACAGAGGUGAAACGGGCUGCAAAAGUCACCGGGGAUGCCAAAUACAAGAAGCUUAAGGAAGCCCUCGGGAAAACACCGGAAGUUGGCCAGGGCUAUGCCAUCAAAAUCAGGAGUGAACGAGCUCGAGUCGCCGGCAAGAAGGUCCCCGACCAUUACCUUUUAGCUGCAGGCUAUGUGACCGAGCAAAAAGAAGGCGGCGUCACCUAUCUCAAGUUUUCCUCUGGAUGCUGGGACAUCCAGCUCGAGGGCAAGAAGAUUGUGUUCACGGACCGUGGUGCUAGCAGCUGGUAUGAUUGGAGCGAGACUAAAAUGGAGGUGCUCGGUAAGAUUAGGUCGGGCGUGGACAAUACGGAGAUCGAGAGAUAUGGGGAACAGAUUGCCGCCAAGAUGAAUAAGAAGGGUUAUAACACCCUUUUUAACAAUUGUCGGGAUUUUGUGCUUAAACUGUAUGCCGAAAUCAAGGCUUGA